UGAAGUGAUGUGUGGUCGGUGGACGUCAUCUGCUGUAAUGCCCAUCGCGCCGCAAUGUCCUUCCUCGUACAGAUUAUCAAAGUGCUACUCGGUGUGCUUCUCAUCUUUGUCGCGCCCCAGGUCGAUGGCUUUUCCUACGAGAAUCUGCCGGCGGUCGCGAUGGAUUACAAAGUGCACAUCGAUGCCGGCAAGGAGGACUGCUACUUUCAAUAUGUGAAUCCAGGCGCGACUUUUUACGUCAGCUUUCAGGUCUUGCGCGGUGGAGAUGGGAAAGCUGGCUUUGCAGUAAGAAAUCCAGAAGGAGUUAUAGUUUAUCCUUAUCAGUGGCGUUCUAAUGCUGACUAUCAAGAUCUAUCUGUAAAUGGUGGCUAUUACAGUGUAUGCAUUGAUAAUCAAUUUUCAAGAUUUGCUGCAAAAUUAGUGAACUUGUAUAUCACAGUAAUUAGGUAUGAUCAAUGGCACAAAUAUACUCAAGAAUUAGAAGAACUGAAUCUUUCUGUUGAAAACUUUACGAAUACUAUUGUGACUGUGGAGAAAAACAUUAACGAGAUGCUUCAGACUCAACACUGGAGCAGAGGUAGAGAGGCGAGAGAUUUGAAUUUGUUAUUGGACAAUAACUCUUAUGUACAAAUGUGGUCUAUCGCACAAAUAAUUGUCAUCACAGUGGCAACCAUGAUUCAAGGAUACUUUGUUAGGAAGUUGUUUGAUGUGAAGACAUCUGGACAUUCAAAGACACGCAUUUAACACUGGUAACGUGAACACUUUUAGAUGAAGAUUAGUCUCUAACAAAUGGAAACUUGAAUUUUGAAUUUGCGAAAUCAUAAUUAACUGUUUACCACAAUGGAAUUUUGCAUUCUCUGUCGAAUUUAUAUUUACAUUAGUUUUAAAUGCACGCUAUUUUUUAUAAUGCUUUCUAUAGACAAUUCUAGACAAAGAAUUCUAGAUCAGAGUAUCGCUUCCUUUCAUUAUAUUUACAUAUAGUAUAUUUAUGAAUCGUAGCGCCGUUUAUACAUCAUAAGACUGUUCCGCAUUUCGUGUUUGUAAAAACAUUUUCAAUUAUUGUCCACAUAAUUUUUACUCAAUUUUGUUUUUAAUUUCAAACAUUCUCAUA